AUGCGAUACAACGGCAACGACAACGACGAUGGCAGCGACCAGUACCGUCUCCUCACCGACUGCGCAUACCAGACCACCACCGUAGUUGGAGGAGGCGCUGGCGCAGUCCAAACAACGGCCGUCGACACCAACACUGUCACUGACACCAACACCGUUUCUGUCACCUCCGUCAUCCAGACCACUUCCGUAGCCGUUAUUGUCACCACCGGUAGCGACGGUCUCGUUGCCACCACCACCGAGACAGAUACCAACACCGUCCCUGCCGAGACUAGCAACCCUGCCGCUAUGAAGACUGCCGGCGCCGCCAUGGGUAUUGGUGCUCUUGGACUCGCUCUUGGUAUGUUGUAA